AUGAGCGCAGACACAAAAAGGCCGGACGUCUCGGUGGACGACCUGGCCGAGCCCGAGGACGCGGCGCCAUCACAAGGCCUGCUGAGCCUCUUCCGGCGACAGCGAAGUCCGAUCGACCUGGACGCCGUGGCGACGGUGCGCAGCGUGUACGACGACCCGACUUUGGCGCCGUUCUACCAGCCGCAUGCCGACUACGAGAACCUGCACCGGUUCGACGUGGGAGCGCGCUGGACGGUGCGCGAGGAGCGGCGGGUGCGGCGCAAGACGGACUGGCUGGUGCUGUCGUGGAUCCUGAUCAUGUUCUUUGCGCUCAACCUGGACCGUGGCAACCUGUCGAACGCGGUGGCAGACAACCUUUUGGACGACAUCGGCGCCACGACAGACGACUACAACACGGCGCUCAACAUGUACCGGAUCGGCUUCCUCGUGGCCGAGAUCCCGUCGCAGAUGGUCGGCAAAUGGCUCGGCGUCGACCGCUGGAUCCCGGUGCAGAUCAUCGUCUGGAGCCUGGCUUCGGGCGGCCAGUUCUUCAUGCAUUCGCGUGGUGCUUUUUUCGCCUGCCGUUUUCUCAUCGGCCUCUUCAUGGGCGGCUUCAUCCCCGAUGCCGUCUUAUAUCUGUCCUACUUUUACACCGCCAGCGAGAUGCCCUUCCGGCUGGCGCUCUUCUGGUUUGUCGACAGCAUGUCCGGCGUGGUCGCCUCCUUCAUUGCCUACGGUGCCCUCCAUCUACGCGGCGUCCACGGUCGUGCUGGUUGGCGCUGGCUCUUUUUGAUCGAGGCCCUCAUCACCAUCACCAUCGGCUUCCUCAGCUUCCUCUUCCUCGUACCUGGCCCCUGUGAGACCCGUACGCGCUGGAACCCGGACGGCUACUACUCGGACCGCGAAGAAACCAUCCUCGUCAACCGUGUCCUUCGCGAUGACCCCAGCAAAGGCGGCAUGCACAACCGCGAACCCAUCACGCUGCGCAUGCUCGCCCGCAGUCUGGCCGACUACGACCUCUGGCCCAUCUACGCCAUCGGCAUGCUCUUUGAGAUUCCUACCGCUCCGCCCAAGGCCUAUCUCACCCUCUCGCUCAAGGCCCUUAAGCGCUUCAACACCUUUGAGGUUACCCUACUCGGCAUCCCCGUCACCGUCUUCGCCUCCAUCAACCUGCUCUGGAUCUCCUGGUUGACCGAGUUCUUCCGCGAGAUCUGCACCAUCGGCGUCUUCUCCCAGCUCUGGACUCUCCCCCUGCUCAUUGUCCAGUACCGCUGUGGUGAGUUCCUCCAUCACCAUCCCUGGGGCCAGUACGCCCUCACUUUCGUCCUUCUCGGCUGGCCCUCCAUGCACGCCGCCCACGUCUCCUGGACCUCGCGCCUUAGCAACUCCGUCCGCACCCGCGCCGUCGGUGCUGCCCUCUAUAACAUCACCAUCCAGCUGUCCGGCAUCGCCUCCUCCAACAUCUACCGCACCAAUGACAAGCCACUCUACCACCGCGGCAACAAAGAACUCAUUGCCAUCAAUGCAGCCACUAUUGUUGCCUACGUUCUAGCCAAGCUCUACUACCGCUUUCGCAACCGCCAGAAGAGUGCCAUCUGGGACAAGAUGACAUCUGCCGAGAGAGCCGCAUACCUCGAGCAGAACGAGCAUCUUGGAAACAAGCGCCUGGACUUUCACUUUGACAGUUAG